AUGGAACUCAACCCAGAACAUUUUCGCGCCAUAAUUUAUUACAACUUUCAGAGACAAUUAUCGCAACAAGCAUGCUUUGCUAAGUUACUGUCUGUUUUCGGAAACGAAGCGCCACAUCAUCUUAGCGACGAUCCCAGGGUGGGUGCACCAAAAACGGCAGUCACCCAGGAAAACGUCGAUGCUGUGCGCAAACUCAUCAUUGAAGAUAGACAUGUGACAGAUCGCGAAAUUGAGGCGUCCUUGAAGAUCUCAAGGACCUCAAUUCAGAAAAUUUUACAUGAAGAAUUAGGAGUAAGAAAAUUAGUUUCUCGUUGGAUACCCCACCUGUUGACUGAAGAGCAGAAAGCAGCCAGGGCUAAUUGGUGUCAAAAAACGCUUGACCGUUUCAAUUCCGAAAUAUCAAAAAAUGUGUACAGCAUUGUUAGUGGUGAUGAAUCGUGGAUUUACUGUUAUGAACCAGAAAAUAAACGACAGUCGGCUGUUUGGGUGUUCCAAGGUGAAGAAAAGCCAACAAAGUCAUCCAUGGUCGCGGCAUUUGUAUCAAAAGCGGGUCAUAUUGCAACAAUUCCUCUUAAUGAACAAAGAACUGUUACUGCGGAUUGGUAUACCACCAUUUGUUUGCCAAAAUUCAUCACCGAGCUUCGAAAAAUCAACCCCGAAAGAAGAAUCAUCCUCCACCAAGGCAAUGCAAGCUCGCACACAGCCCAAAAAACAAGGCAGUAUUUAACGGAAGAAAACGUGGAAUUAUUGGACCAUCCUCCAUAUAGUCCCAAUCUAAGUCCUUACGAUUUAUUCACUUUCCCGCAAAUUAAAAACAGACUGCGUGGUCAAAGGUUCCUGUCACCAGAAGAAGCAGUUGACGCAUUCAAAAAUGUCGUUUUGGAUCUGCCAGCAAACGAGUGGAAUGCAGAUGUGUAUUAA